CUCGCUUGCGCGUAUCUGAACGCAAGGAGUAGCAGCCAGCAAUGUCUCCCCAUCUACCAUCUAGCACACAAGGAGUGACAGGAACUAUGUCCGGCGGGAACGCCUUUUCUGAGGAUACCUUCCGGAUAUUGGUCGCCACAGACAACCACAUAGGGUACAUGGAACGAGAUGCCAUACGUGGCCAGGACUCUAUCGACACUUUCAGAGAGAUAUUGCAGUUGGCGGUCAAGAACGAUGUCGACUUUCUUUUACUUGCAGGAGAUCUCUUCCACGAAAACCGUCCCUCUCGAGAUACACUAUACCAGGUGAUGGCGCUCCUCCGGGAGUACUGUAUGAACGAUCGCCCUAUUCAGAUCGAGCUUUUGAGCGACCCAGAAGAAGGAAAGGCUCCCGAGGCUUCUUUCCCGGCUAUAAACUACGAAGAUCCCAACUUAAAUAUCGGAAUGCCGGUGUUCUCGAUACAUGGCAAUCAUGACGACCCACAAGGUGUAGGCCCAAAAGGCGCCCUCGCUGCUCUUGAUAUGCUUUCCGUGGGCGGCCUCGUCAAUUACAUCGGCAAAUUCGAUCUCUCGUCCAGUGCGACGAGCACAGAGGAUAAUGGAAUUAUUAUCAAGCCUGUGCUGCUUCGCAAGGGUAACUCACGACUGGGCUUGUACGGCGUCGGCAAUGUCAAGGACGCACGAAUGCACUUCGAACUUCGAAGCAACCGUGUUAAGAUGUACAUGCCCAAGGACAAGGAUGACUGGUUCAACAUCCUACUUCUGCACCAGAAUCGUGUACCUCACGGUCCUCAACAGUCCGUCCCGGAGGCUAUGUUUGAUGACAGCAUAGACUUCGUUAUCUGGGGGCACGAACACGACUGUCGCGUUGAACCUGAGGUAGUCGAAGGGAAGCGGUACCGGAUUUGUCAGCCUGGCUCUUCGGUCGCGACAUCCCUUUCUGCCGGCGAGUCCUUGGAAAAGCAUGUGGCUUUGAUGGAGAUACACGGUAAGGAGUACAGGCUGACUCCGAUACCCCUACGGACAGUGCGGCCUUUCAUUAUGGACGAGCUCGUACUUGAAGAGGCCGCAGAGCAAGAAGGCGUAAACGUAAACGACCGGAUGGAAACAGCCAAAAUCCUGAAGUCUGCAGUAGAAGCGCUAAUCGAGAAAGCGUACAAGGCCUGGGAUGAGCGGAACGAACAAGCGCUACAGCUUGGCGAGCCCGAAAUCCCGCGCAUGCUCCCUCUCAUCCGCCUCAAGGUUGACACCACUGGCGUCACAGAGACGAUCAACCCUGUGCGGCUGAGCCAAGAGUUCCAGGGCCGCGUUGCGAAUCCGCGGGACGUCUUCAUCUUCAAUCGUGCAAAGCAGCAGCGCCAGGCGAAAGUUCACAUGGAAGAACCGGAUCUAAGCAUCGACGACCCAGACCUCACAACCCAGGAAAAGUUGCACAAGGUGCGGAUGCACACGCUCGUGCAGGAAUAUCUCGAAGCGCAGCAGGUACAGGUCCUUGCCGAGCCGGGUAUGUCUGACGCGCUCGAGAUGUUUAUCAAUAAGGACGACAUCCAUUCAUUCGAGAGCCAUUACAGGAACACGCUCAAGAACAUGCAGAAAGGUGUUCAGGUCGACGUGUCUGAAGACAACAUCGAGGAGGAUGAUCUCAAUGCGCUGGUUGAGAAGGCGAGGGAGAAGCUAGAGAAAGAGUACGUCAAGAAGAAUGUAGGUAGCUCUGCGAAUGGAAAGGGCAAGGCCAAGGCACAGCAGGAGAAGGGUGGCGACUCCGACGACUCCAUGUUGAUGGACAUGGGCGUUGCGACUCACGCACAGCCCGAUUCUGACGAGGAGGAAGAAGAAGAAGCUGCGCCUAAGAAGACGGCAACGAGGGGAAAGAAAGCUGCGCCAACGAAGAAAGCCCCAGCAAAAAAGGCACCCGCGAAGCGAGGAAAGAAGGCCGCGUCCUCAGACGACGAGGAGGACAAUUUUGAGCAGGAGGAAGACGAAGAAGAGGAGGAAGAAAAGAAGACAAAGAAGCGGGCGGCUGCGACAACCAAAGCGAAGAAGGCACCGGCGAAAAAGGCGGCGGCCAGUUCUUCAAAACAGGCUACGCUUAGCUUUGCACCUUCGCAGCGCGCGCCUCGUGCCGCUGCGACCCGAGGUAGAAAGAAGACGGCGGAAGUUGUUGAUGACAGCGAUGACUAG